AUGAACACAUGGUUCGAGCGUGCAUCGAUGCUAGUCAUUCUCCUUAAUUGCGUCACCCUAGGGAUGUAUCAGCCGUGCGCUGACGAACUCUGCGUUAACACCCGUUGCCAGAUUUUGCAGUUGUUUGACCAUUUAAUUUUCGCAUUCUUCGCCAUCGAAAUGGUGGUCCGAAUCCUGGCAAUGGGCUUUAUCGGAGGACGUAAUUCAUACCUCUCCGAAACUUGGAACCGGCUCGAUUUCUUCAUCGUCGUUGCUGGUGCGGUCGAGUACUGCCUGGACGUGGGCAAUAUGAACUUAUCAGCGAUCCGGACCAUACGAGUAUUACGUCCAUUGCGAGCUAUCAAUCGGAUCCCCAGCAUGCGCAUACUCGUCAUGCUACUGCUUGACACCCUUCCGAUGUUGGGUAACGUUCUGAUGCUCUGCUUUUUCGUCUUCUUCAUAUUUGGCAUCGUGGGAGUUCAACUAUGGGCGGGUCUACUUCGGCAGAGGUGCUAUUUGCCGACCACUUUUCCGCUCAACGAAGAGCAACUCUACGACAAAUUCAAAGUCAAGAACUACUACACUCUCGGCCAGUCGGAGCACGAUAAGGACUACAUCUGUUCUACUGAGAACAACAACGGAAUACACCGUUGCGACUUACUCCCCCAGCGUAUCUACGAGGAUGUCGUGUGUACUCGACCAUUCGAGAACAAUCUAACUGUUAUCGACCACUACGUAAACCGUCCAGAGGGGAAAUCUCCGGACCACAGUCCCCCGCGGAGUUUAAACGAUUCGUGGUGUAUCAACUGGAACCAGUACUAUACGAACUGUUCCGCAGGGGAGCGGAACCCCUUCCAAGGGGCGAUCUCGUUCGACAACAUCGGCCUAGCCUGGGUGGCUAUUUUCCUUGUGAUUAGCCUUGAGGGAUGGUCCGAUAUCAUGUACUAUGUCCAGGAUGCGCACUCCUUUUGGGAUUGGAUCUAUUUUGUCCUUCUCAUUGUGAUCGGUUCAUUUUUUAUGAUCAACCUGUGCCUGGUUGUGAUCGCUACUCAAUUUUCGGAGACCAAGAAAAGAGAAAUGGAACGCAUGCGACAGGAACGCCAGCGCGCCGGUUCAAGUUCAACCAUCUCAAUGUCGGAGAGCGCCGACUGCUAUACGCAGAUCAUUAAGUACCUGACCCACCUGGCCAGAAGGGCCAAACGAAUCACAAAGAGAUGGUACCGGCGGCGGCGCAGGCAACGAAAAAUCAAGAAGAGGCGAAAAGAAAAUGAACUGAAGGACAUAAUAGAGGAAACGGAGCUUGAGGAUCAAUCGCAUCGGCCCGACAAACAUGGACAUCGGUGCCAUUUAGAAACAAGACUCAAAACACAACAACUUACGGUGGUUGCCACAAGUGCAACAUCUGCAACCUAUGAAACCUCUACCCCAACCCGUAAAGGUAGCACGGGCGUACGAGACCAAAUGCCAUGCCCCUGCCUCGAGCAGCUGGGCCCCACGAUACGUGCUGUUUCGUAUUCGGGGGACCCAGACGAUUACUGCCAAACCCCGUACCACCUCGACAGUUUCGACCACCUCGAGCACUUUCAGCACAUCCUUCCCCGCAAGUGCACUUGUAUCUGCCUCCCUUCCUGCAGCACGUGCUCUAUUGUGCUACAUAGCGGCGAUUGUCAUAGUACUUACAAUGACAAUAGCAAUAGCUUUCUGCCGCUAGCGCAGCAGUUUCCGCUAUCUCAACAGCAGCAACAGGCACGGUCACAGCCGGAAACGGUGACGAAAAAUGGUUCGACACCGAUCUUAUGCGCGCUCAACACAAAUUCAGCGUCUGCUGCAGGAGCUCAUAUAACAACAGCCCCAGCUGGUGCAGUAGGCGCCUAUGGCGCGGACGUUGUUCCGAGCAUUUCGGCCACUGUCGACACUCAACAGCGAUACCUUGGGCAUAACGAAUGCCAAAAAAAUGCAAAUUAUAACAAUGAGCGUAACAAUAAUAAUAAGAACAGCCCUGUAAAUAGUAAUUAUAGCCGUGAUGGCCAUAGUCAAUUUGUCGUAGACAUUUGGGCGUCUUCAACAAGAGGAGCUUCGGGGUCGAAUGUUGUGGGGAUAGUAACAAAGACACUUGUCUCAUCGUUGACCCCUUCGUCAAUAGCCAAUGCUCUGCAAAGGCAACAGCAUGAUAGUGAAGGCGAUCAGUCAAACGUGUAUGUCGUACAUGACGCCGUAGAAUUAGAACCGCGCGCGGCCGAUUUCGAUCUAGCUCUUCUGGACAGAUUCUCAUCGGCUAACGUCAGUCAUGCCAGUGGCACGAACACCUAUACCGGUAAGUCCCUGUUGCUGCUGCCCCCCCCCACACCAAAUAUGCCGGAAUCAACAAGAACAACAAAAACAAUCUUACCUUUACCACUACCUCCGCCGGAACAAGCGCCUAGUAUUGUACUGCAAUCGACCGCUAGAGCCAUAACGCUCACCCCAGGCAAGCCAACAAUAACGCCCACGACACAACCGAACGACCGCGUGGGCGAAGGUCAUCUGUUGGCAUCGGGAGGCGAACUGUCGAUGGGCAGUAGAAAUAGCACAGAUAUACAAUGUCAAACUGUAGUUACUAAAGAACGCGAUACCGUUUCGAAACUAGCAGAUGCUAUACAACCAGCAGUAUUACCAGCAGCACAGGAUCCACUUCUAUCCAGUUAUCACACGAAUGCCGUAAUCGAAUUGGUUACACAAACAACUAUUGGACAACAAAAAAGUUCGUUGGCCUCAAGUUCGAAAAAUAUUAGCGUUACUAACGAUCGAGGCGCUGCCAAUACGCCGCUAAGUUAUAAAGGCAACCACAGUACCAUCACCGGCAUAAAUGGCAAUAUCACAUUCGGGAUCAAUUCCGCAGCUGAAGCGUCGAGUGUGUCCUGCCAACCCGAAGCACGAACAACCGUAUUAGUUUCGAAGAGCACCUGCAGCACAAAUAUCAAUAACACCAAUGGCUCGAGUCAUGCGGCGACAGUCGUGUCGAUCGUUUCGAGCUGUCAACCAGCUAAUAUUAGUAGUAGGCUACCGUCGGCGGCCACGGCAAGACUGACUCAGGCCAUCGCCACUGGCAAGAGCGAUCCAGCCGAUAAGCGCAUCACCCAGACUUCACGUCCGCUAGAAGGAGAGCAAGCCGCCAUCACCUCUAUCACCAAUACCAAUACAACGUCACAACCGCUACAAACCAAUACCGCUACAACUAUAAGUGCAACAACAGCGCCAGCAAAUCCUCUAUCAAUCUCAGUUUCCGUAUCUUCAUCGCCAACGAUUCUACUCCGUUCACCGGCCGCUACUACUACCACUUCUACUACAGGUAGCAAUGGUACCAACUCUGCUUUUUCUAGUCUGCAGCAGACGGCUGUUAACAGCACAACAACAUCAGCCGCCGCAGCCAGUGUCCAUUGCCCCACAACGAGUUAUUUCAUAGACGAUACUGACGGCUAUAGUAAUUUGACUGUUCCUAGCGUAAUGUCAACAGCUACUGGACAGCUACCACAACAGCACCUACCGCCACCGCCUGUAUGGUCAACAAAAAACGACAUAACACAAAUAUCAGCUGGUAGCCAACAGCCACAACAGCUGCAGCAGCAGCAGCAGAAGCCGUCCUCUGUAAAAGUAAUUACAAACAAAGAUGGAAGAGCAGGACUAGUAAUUGACAGAAAAGCGCGGCCAGAGACAACGCCAAGUCACCAAGUUGUAGUCGAAAGUAGCGGCGGGUACCUUGUUAAUAGCACCGCUAUACGCUCGCUUCAUCCACAACAUAACGUCUCUUUACCUCACCACAAUCUACCCUCUACAAUCUGUUCUUCUUCAACCUCCGCAUUAGUCCCCACUUGUUCCUCUUUUUCUUCUUAUUCUUCUCCUUCUUCUGCAACAACAGCAACAAGAUCCAUUAUUAUUUGUACCUCACCGGCCCCGCGAUUGCCACGGGUCCACCAGUCUCCAGCCAUAAGCGGUGACUUCUCUGCCCAGAGAACAACGAUAGAUUCAAUGGACCAGCAACAACGUGGGUCCAGAAACGGACAGCAAAGUCAGUCAUUAUUCCCUAUGGUAUCAUGCAGUGAACAUUCGAUUAACGUGAGCAAUUUCCCUUACGUAUCAUCCGAUUGUCAUUCACUACCAGCAUCUGCCCACCGAUCAGACGUAGCAUUAGAGAGUAAACAGGCUUCUGGGAUCGUUGCACUGCACGAAACUAGUCUGAAUCCAUCGAUGACGUAUGGAACCGACUCCCAACUAGUCUCAGGUCCCCCGUCCAUCGACGAUGAUACUGCCUUCAUCUGUGUAGGACUAGGUGGGGGAGGGCCUGUUCAACCUUUGACCAUAGAGCUUGGUUCCAAUGUAGGUGCAUCGACCGAUAUCGAACAACCGCAGCUACAACAACAGCUUCACGUCAACAAUCGACUAAGCGAAGUGGAACGCAAAAAUAACGCGUACAGCGCAGGCGAUGAUGAAACUCUGGAUUCGUGUUCGACGUGCUCCUCGUGCUCGUCCGACUGUGACUGCUCCGACGAAGACUGCGAUGGCAGACGCGGCCAGCGGAAGCACGCCAAAAAGGAACCUAGCAAAUUCAUCCGUGCUUCUCUCGAUCUCAGAGCCAAACUCAAGAUUCUCGUUGACCAUCCUAGAUUUCAGCGUGGUAUUCUCGCAGCGAUCCUGGUGAAUACUCUCUCAAUGGGAAUUGAGUACCACCAGCAGCCACAGGAGCUUACCUUGGCCGUAGAAUUAUCAAACAUCUUGUUUACAUUUGUCUUCGGCCUUGAGAUGCUCCUCAAGAUACUCGCGGAGGGUUUCGGCAAAUACAUCCAGUCGGGUUUCAACCUGUUCGACGGCAUAAUCGUCGUACUGUCGACAGCCGAACUGCUCAACCAGUCCGAAGGAUCAGGACUCUCCGUGUUAAGGACGUUUCGACUUCUCAGGAUACUGAAGCUAGUCAGAUUUAUGCCAGCAUUGCGACGUCAGUUGUUCAUUAUGCUGAGAACUAUGGAUAAUGUGGCCGUCUUCUUUGCGCUACUAAUGCUGUUCAUAUUCAUAUUCAGCUGCCUAGGUAUGCACUUGUUUGGUGGUAAGUUCUGUCAGAAGGCAGACGGCAGCCUGUGCACUUGCCAAGAUCUCGCAGACACCUCCAUCGACUGCCAGUGUGAUCGAAAACACUUUAACUCGUUCUUAUGGGCGACCGUGACCGUAUUCCAGAUCUUGACACAAGAGGAUUGGAAUAUCGUCCUUUUUAAUGGAAUGGAGAAGACGAGCCCGUGGGCCGCGCUGUAUUUCGUCGCCUUGAUGACGUUCGGCAACUACGUACUCUUCAACCUUUUGGUAGCCAUUCUCGUGGAGGGAUUUGCCGCCGAGGGUGAACGCAAGCGGAGUAUGGAAGCUCUUGCAAAUGCCGAAAACCAACAAAAAGUCAUCGAAGAAACCAACCUUGACUUUGACUGCAAGGUCAUUGAGGAAGAGGACAUAAGUAAAAACAACUUAUGUAGGGAACGGCGGCUCCAGUGUCCUAUUAUAACUCGCACUGCCGCGACGCCUCAAGGAAGCCCGAACACUACGUGUAUAGAGUUGCCACUCAUGACGCUCACUACUGAAUCCAUCGAUUCAAUUGAUCGCAGCAUCUCAGAUGCACCAGUAUCCCCGCUGUCUUUGGGACCAGAGCGGGCGUUCCCGCCAGGGCCCUUGUCGCCAAACACGUGUACUCUACAGGUGCCCGGCGAAUUCUUCAGCAGAAACAAUGGCUCGAGCUCGCGGCGACGCCGAAGGAGCUGUGUGAGUCCCGUCAACGUGGCGCAUGCUUUUCGUAAGAGCGAGUGCUGGACCUCGCAAGCAUCCGCGGCGUGCCCAGCUUCGCAGGCAUUCGGCUUCACCACUGCUUCGCCGCCCCUGGCGUCCCCGAAGUCUCAAGUCCUGAUUCGGCCCGGCUUACCCGUAUUAUUCGAUCGCAACCAGGCUUCAGUAACAUCAGCUGGUGACCCUUCCCUGGUGCCGUUGGACGGCGCCUCACCACUCGGAUCUCAUCCACAGCUGUGCGCCUCGACGCGAACAACAACAGCAGUCACGGCGAUGACACCUGCUACCGGAGGCUUUCCAUUACUGCCACCACCCAUUGGCCAGUCGCAGUCCGCCCACAUGAGUCCAUGUCCCAGUCUGUUGCCGAGUCCACUGCCGUUGACGCUGCCACCACUGCCAAAAGGCGCAUCGGCCGCUAAAGCCAAUAAAACACUAAAUAAUCAAAAAAGCGCCCCACAUUCAGCGCCAAAGCAGCUGGUGUUGACAAAGAAUGAUACAGGCAGUCCAGCUAGUCGACUGCAAGGACUCCAAGGCAACGCCGUUGUGAUCUCACCGAAGCUGAGCCGUGAGAGCUCACUGAAGAAAAAUAACGUCGACAUUGACAGUAAAACUGCAAGCGAAGGCAUUAUGAAGAAACAGUUGAACGCCGAUUUAGAAGGAAGUAUCGGUAUCGGAGGCCAGGAUAUCCAGAUGAAGGUAAUUGGCAAUUCGGGGAAGGUAGUCGCCUUCACUCAACCACCGUUAUUGCCCCCCCCUCCCCUACCCAAGCUGUUCGGCCUGUUCGAACCUCGAUGGUGUUUUAGAAACAAGGAAGACUACUCAUUAUUUGUAUUUUCACCGACAAACGCUAUUCGCGUAUUGUGCGUACGAUUGUCAGACUCGAAGUCGUUUGACUAUACCAUACUUGUAUUCAUCGCCUCAAACUGUAUUACGCUAGCGAUGGAACGGCCUAACAUCCCGCCGUCAAGCCUCGAGCGACAGAUAUUAGCUGCAGCUAAUUACACGUUUACCGUCGUGUUCGCCUUCGAAAUGGUUGUCAAGGUGAUCGCCAAAGGAUUGUGGUACGGGCCUCAUGCAUACCUCAAGAGCGGAUGGAACAAGAUGGACGGAAUGCUUGUCUCAAUUUCGCUCAUAGAUUUUAUGCUCACCAUCGUCGCAGAUGGAGGACCCCGCAUUUUCGGAAUUCUCCGGGUGUUUCGCCUUCUGCGCUCCCUUCGGCCCCUGCGUGUGAUCAACCGAGCACCGGGAUUGAAACUUGUCGUGCAGACACUUAUGUCUUCACUGAGGCCUAUCGGAAACAUCGUCCUCAUAUGCUGCACGUUUUUUAUCAUUUUUGGCAUCUUAGGUGUACAGUUAUUUAAAGGAUCAUUCUACUAUUGUGAAGGACCAGAUGUAAAGGACGUAAUGAAUAGAGCACAGUGUGAGGAGAAACCCGGGUAUCAGUGGGUCAACCGAAAGUACAACUUCGACAACCUCGGACAAGCGCUUAUGGCGUUAUUUGUGUUGUCUUCCAAAGAUGGCUGGGUAGACAUCAUGUACUCAGGCCUCGACGCAGUGGGCGAGGAUCUUCAACCGAUAGAAAACUUCAACGAAUGGCGGCUCUUAUACUUUAUCUCUUUUCUCCUACUCGUGGCCUUUUUUGUGCUCAACAUGUUCGUGGGAGUAGUUGUUGAAAACUUCCACAGGUGCCGCGAAGAACAGGAGCGUGAGGAGAGAGCUUUGCGAGCUGCCGAACGGGCACGCAAACUUGAGAAGCGUCGAAGACAACUUCGUGAGCCGCCCUAUUACGCCACUUACUCGCCCGGCCGACUAUUUACUCACAAUAUGGUGACGUCGAAAUACUUCGAUCUCGCCAUCGCGGCUGUCAUUGGCCUCAACGUUGUCACAAUGGCACUUGAAUUCUACCAGAUGCCACUCGAGCUUGAAUAUGCUCUAAAGAUUUUUAACUACUUCUUCACUGCCGUCUUUAUUCUCGAGCUGGCUAUGAAACUCAUCGCUUUGGGGGCUCCUCGAUAUUUGAUGGAUAAAUGGAAUCAGCUUGACGUUGUCAUUGUAAUAUUAUCUAUCAUGGGUAUCGUUCUAGAGGAAAUGAAGAGUGGCUUCAUCCCGAUUAACCCGACGAUCAUACGGGUCAUGCGUGUGUUACGAAUCGCGCGCGUCCUGAAACUCCUCAAGAUGGCGGAUGGAAUACGAGCUCUGCUGGACACCGUCAUGCAGGCACUGCCACAAGUCGGCAACCUGGGUCUGCUAUUCUUCCUGCUGUUCUUCAUAUUUGCAGCGUUGGGUGUUGAACUUUUUGGUAGAUUGGAGUGUAAUGACGAAUUUCCCUGCCAAGGAUUAGGAGAGCAUGCGCAUUUUCAUAAUUUUGGUAUGGCAUUUCUAACGCUGUUCCGUGUAGCUACGGGAGACAACUGGAAUGGAAUCAUGAAGGAUACUUUGCGGGACAAAUGCGACGCGGCGUCCGAUUGCGUAAGGAACUGCUGCGUGUCGCCUGUCAUCGCCCCGUUGUACUUCGUCAUCUUUGUCCUCAUGGCGCAGUUUGUCUUGGUUAAUGUGGUCGUCGCCGUGCUCAUGAAGCAUCUUGAAGAGUCCCAUAAGCAACAGGACGACGAUCUUGAAAUGGAGGCGGAAUUACUAGAAGAGGAGCUUGAACGCCAAAUGGCCGCAGCGACUGCAGUAGCUCGUCAGCAGCAAGCCGCUGCCGCGGCCGCUUUUCAGCAGCAACAGCAUAGGCCGAUCAUCAAGAUGUCAUCAUUACCUUCGAAUUUUGUCUUCUACUUCGCUUCCGAUAACAACAGCAGCAACAGCAAUAACCUCACUAGCAAUCUAAGUAACACCGCAGCAGAAGCCUCGACAGGCAACCCACCAGUAGCUAAAACCACGACUGCAACUUCAGCCGCUACAAAAAACGCUACGAAUAAGAACAAUAUGCUAGCUUCAAUAACUGCCGCCCAUAGUGAUAACGUUCACAUCACCCAAGCUCAAAUAAAUGUGAACUCGACAUAUUCGGCAAGUUGUGGCGGUUAUAACUAUUAUGAGCUCGACUCGCUGAAGAAGGUAACAGUAGCGGAUUUACGCAGUCCCCAGUCCUCGCCUGAAAAGGACGAACAGAUGGAUGAGCGACGGCUCCACCAAAUAUCAUUGCCGCAAACCUAUCCAGACUACCCGGACCCCGAAGGCGAGGAGGGCUGUGGCGUGGAAGGCAGCGGCCUUAGUUCAGCAGCAUCACGCGGCCGAAGUCAUGGCUAUGGAGCGAUAGGUUAUCAGGCUGGAGGGCCGUCCGCCUCAACUUGUUGCAGCCACAGCCCGUGUCCCGACGACAUCGACGACGAGUCCCAGCAGUUGUUUGACGACGACGAAGACACGAACCGGAAUACUUCCGCUAGAGACGAACAGGCGAUCGUCGCGUCGUUCGCUGAUCUGUCCGUCGGCGGCGAGGAGUCAUGGACAGACCUAUUUAACAGCGAUGCUAGCUGCUGGUCUUCGACUAGUUCCAGCUCGACGGGAAACGGUCAAGCGAUGACCCAGCUGCAGAGGAAGCCCCCCCUUGCAGAAGUCGACUGCAGCCUCGACGGGCCCACUUCGGAUUAGAAAAGCCGAAAUGGAACCGCUAUUGGGUAACGCGUAACAGCAGCAAGAGCAACAGAUUCCACCUCUGCUGCAAGCUCCAUCAACAAGGCGUAAAUAAAAUGAGCACACAUAUUACACAUUGGACAACAUUUUCAGUUCAAUCAGAAAUCAGAGAAGCGACAGGACGCAUGGCGAGACAAUAAAUAACAAGGGCAUAUGUAGAAAAACGUACCCCGUCGCAGCGGUUCAGUUCACUCAUAGUCCUGGUGGAACCCGUCGAACAACUUCCAGCCAAAUCACCAAUCUCUAAAAGCACUCAACCUUCCGCCAAAAUAACAUCAACAACAGGAUAUUAAUCCUAAUGCAUAGUACAGUACAUAUGAAUAUAAGCAAUUAUAAUGGGCCAAGAGCUACUUAUAUAAGCUAAUAAUGCAAAAGACAUAAAAAGGAAAGCGUGUUCAUUCUUAAGCAGCGUGACGAAUGUAAGCAUGAAAAAAGGCUAGCUAAAAGUGAGCAUAUGAUGCGUCAGUGGAGCGCAUAUAUAUAUAUAUAUAUAUAUAUAUAUAGAGAGAGCGAGAGAGAGAGAGAGAGAGAGAGAGAGAGAGAGAAAUCACUGUAAUCGAAAUUCAGCCAGCCUUGAAGAUCUACCUAAAUGAAAAUGAUUCAAUUGAACUAAAUUGAAUAGUUCAGUCAUUAUUUAAAUCAUCAUUACACCAAACAGUAGCGCUUGUUAAAUCAUUAUGAACUGAUGAUCGAGCUAUCGAUAGACUAUUGAAUUGGCGGUAAGUAUCGUCAAGCACGAGGCAAUCAGGUUUGUUCUCUUCGGUUAGAUUGGAUUGACAAUGUUAACAAAGAUCUCUUUAAUGAGUGUAUGAGGUUAGUCUCGGAAAAAUAGAUGAUUUUGACUGCAGACUAGUCAAGAAUAUUUAUUGUAUAAGUAUGGUUGACAUAACCCAUAUAUGCAGCGUGUUUGUCUUAUACUGAAGUUUCAAGUCCCCCUUAUGAGUUUGCAACGAUAUUAUCCCUUGCUAAAAUUAGGUCAACGGCACCAUUAUGGUUGAAGGGCAUAUAUUGGGAAUAUAUAAUAGAAACAAUCGAUUAGAUCUUGCCGAAAUGUUCUACGAAUGUAGAUAAAUUGAUCUUUCGUAUGCAACGAAUGCGGCAAUUAGUAUAAAUUAUAAAAUUAACGAUUAUCGAGGGUAAGCCAAUGGCACGCUUGUUGCUUGUGUUUGAUGUGUGUUUGGACGAAUCAUGAUUAAUAUUUACAGGCACACAGCAGAUAUUCUGUGCUCGAUGGUAAUAACCUGAUAAUAAUGCGAUGAAAAAAAUGGGUAUAAGGAGAGAGACAGAGUAAAAAAGACGGAGUUUCACAAAUGACCACUCCCUUGAAUGGAGUUAAAUAGAGGAACUAAACAAUCAAGUAUGCCAGUGGCACCAGUCGCCCCCAUUUCUCUCUACAUAGGCAUCUCAUCCACCUUCUAUGCAUGUUUCCGCCCCUUAAGUAUAUCUAACAUCGAUCCCCCGAAGAAAUCGAAACACAGCAAAUCUAGUGCCAGAAAAAUGGUGCGUUGUGUGUUAAGCUUUAGCGAUUUCCUUGGGCUGUUUCUUCCACUCACCCGCGCAAAACCCCAAGACAGAACCGGGACAACUGAGAGUGGUUAGAGGGUGCUACCUAGAUACGCGGAUUGAAAAAGGCGCUAAUAGCCGUGGUUUAAAAUAGGACACAAAAACAGCGAGACACAGGUACUAACAUACACUUACAAAGAUACACGAGAUAUAAAUGCAUAGUAAUAAUUAGAGAUAGUAGUAAUAAUGAUAUUAAAGUGAGUGAUACGACUAAAUGCUACUAAUCAUACAGCACAAUAGUCAAAAGAUAUAUCACUAAUAACAUACUGACGAUAGUGUACCCGUACAAGCUACCGACAGAGAGAGCGCAUUUUGUCAGCCAAAAAGUACAUACACACAUAUGAAAAGAAAUAAGCAAAAAGUCACCAACUAUUAUAAGUAUAUUUGCCAACGAGGUACAGGCAUGUGUACGCGGAUAAUACCGGUAAUGAACACUAUACAAAUAAGUGAACAGCGAAGACUAGAAUAGCGAGAACCGAUAGUCCAGAUAUGCUAUGAUUACCAUUACACGCGGUUGGGUGCGCGUCCAAGCAGCGCAAAAAGUGCCUAAACGCAGCAGAAAGUAAAGAGGCUUUGCUCGAAAACGAAACUUAAGCCUGCUACCGCUCUUACUGAAUUUAGGAAACUUAUUGUGUUAACAUUAUUUUAGGACGCAUUUACGGUACUGAAACCCCAGCUUCUAGAAAGAAAAAUGUCGCAUGUUUAUUACAGUAUCCGUAUUCCUAGAUAUUGUGCGUUAUUGUAUUGCUAUUGAUGAAAUAUUUUAAGUCCUAAAAACAUCAUUUGUAUUAUUGAUAAACGCUAGCGACCUUUAGAGUAACAACAGAAGUAAAGCGAAGCGCAUUAAGUAGGCGACCCUUGUCAGCCGGUUGGACAGGCCAAACGACCUUUACUGUUGUCUCUGUAUGUCACCAUACGGAACUGAAGGUCAGAGCACUAACGUGUAACGUACAUAAACACACAUACAGGCCGGGUCGUUUAAAGCCGCUUCAAGUGUCGUGCCGGCCGCCUUGGUACGCCAGUAGUUAAAUGUCUUAACCAGCUAAACAGCAACCACCCCAUCCGUUAGCUUGGACGAUCGCACGUACAUUUUUGUGGCAAUUUUGCCCCUGUUUUGGUCCUACCAAAUUAUAUAUAGUUAUUGCAAAAUAUAGUUCUUGCUUCUUUUUGUGCGCGGCUCUACUGUCCCGGUAUCGAUAUACAAUCUGUAGAGCUAAACGAGAAUCGCGACAAAACGAAAGUGGGGGUCUAUUUCUUGUACCCAGUUAAUUUCUUCUUUAUUAGAAAACGGACCCUGUGAGUAACACGGUGUACAACUGGUAAAAGUUAGCUGUACAAACGCGAGAGUUGAUUGAUCACACUAUGCGGCCCUGAUAUUCUUAAAGGAUUUGCGGAGAUUAGGUAAAGUGAAAAAAAUCAAAUAACAGUGAGGAACAUCUGGAGUAAGUUCUGGCUGUAUUUACUUAAGUAAAUACUUUUAAGUGAAGCAAUAGAAAACUGGUUCGAGCAAUUUCUCAUUGAUUUAGAAUUCCAACAAAAUAUUUUGCAUCUCUUAGAAGGGGUUAUGUGUGUUUCAUUGAAGAGCACAAUAGAUGGGAGGGAAGCGCCUUUUUGAAAAGUGCAAAGAUAAUAAUCAAUGAUAAUUCUAUCUUGCGUUAUUAAUGCCCGCUGCCCGAAAGUGCUCGAUUUAAAAAGCCAGUUGAAGACUGCCUCAACGUGCGCUCUGUGGAAUUAUUUACUGAAUAUGUGGCACAUGGGUGCAGCUAGCGGCAAUCCCAACUACUACGGGCGUAUAAGCCAAUCAACACCAAUACGCGAUUUUGUCGAUUGAAUAAUGCCGUGACGGCAGAAUCACAGAAGUUAAGAUGCCCUCUGCGACAGAGGAAACGGGGCAGUCGUCGCACGCACCGACGUAACUGUACAUGGCCGAACAGCAUAUAGGUUCAUGUGAAACACCAUUUUACCGAUGCUUUGUGGGGCGCGUAUGAUAUAAAUAAUGCUAUCAGAGUCAGUGGCCCAAAAGCACGAUGACGUGCAUGAUAGCAUUGUUUCGUGUAAUUUUGGUGCUGUAGAAUGAGCAACAAAUCGCGCACUUGUCAAUGCGGGCUGCUCAGCCGACAUGAUCACUCGUAAGUUGUAACGACAUUGCGCAAAGAGCGAUAGGAAAGGACGGGAUUAGCAUUGGAUUUUCGCACGAUGAAAAAAGCAUAAAAGAGCAGAAGUUGAACAGGAAGAUGUUUAACAAAACCAGCAAAAGAAAAUACUAACAGGGUUCUGCACUGGACGUCACCACAUCCUGCAUCUGGUCCUUGAGUUGACGAAUCGUAUUAGUAAUCAUUAAGAAUAAUGAAAACACUAACGCAGCAUCUUGUGUAGAAAAUGCACAGGUUACCAUAACUAAAUUACAUAUACAUUCUGAGCAUGGUGUACAGAGUAAUAACAAUAGUCGUUUAUAAGAACAGUAUCAACAUUUAUCCUAAGAAAAAAAACUCUUACUAGUAAUAAUGUUAAGGUAUUAUGAGCAACUAGAAAAGGAAUGACUGAGUUAAAAAAAAAAGUCGUUAGACAGCACAUGCUUGACCUUGGCAGUGGAUAGGUAGAAAUGAUAUGCUUGUUGAUACAUAUGAUAUUUAAGAAGUCUACAGGACAAACGGUUGAAGAGACGAGAAGUCUGACUAGUUUCGCUUAGCGGUCACUGAAAGAUUAAGUCCGCAUUGAGGUAUUGGAAAAGGGUCGCGAAGGCAGCAAAAGCAGCGGAUGAGCAUCACAGUAUAUAGUAGUAAUAGUAAUGAAUAAAUAAUGGUAAUACAUAACUAGCGGUAUAUACAGAUAGUUUAUUCAGUGAUUUGUAAUCGGUCAUUAUCCGGCACUAAUAGGGAUAAUAAUAAUAAUUAUAUAACAUGUUACAAUAUAAUAAGAAGUAUCACAUAAUUAUAAAUACAGUUUCUAGUAAUAACAGUAAAAGCGUUCAGAAACGGGCGCAGUUAGCUGAUUGACAUGAUUGUACACACAGAUGCAAGCGAAGCCGUCUAUCUUCAAAAGUUCAGUUAUAGAAAAUUAUGUCAAACGGUGUAAAAUUAGGUAGCGGUGCUGCAGGGCUUUUAGACAUUAUCUAAUAGCUAUUAUUUUCAUUGAAUCUGUACGUGAAAAAGUAAUAUAAUAAAUAUGGCGUAUGGUGUCCAUGGC